UCACUCAAUCGCAGUGAACCUCGAUAUCGGUUUGCGAAAUACAGCGCUUUUGUCUGGAUCUUGGCUGCCAUCCCAACUGGAGUCAUCUUUGUAAUAGACAAAAUUUGGGAGAAGGAUCCCAAUGCCUGGAAAUGGAUUCCUCUAAUUGGUUUUACUACAUGUUCGGCGAAAUGUGAGUUUUAGGUAAAGGUAUCUUAAACGUAUCUAACCAAAUCACAGUUGAUAAGUUAUCCGCCUGGAUCUACUAUCAUGGAUUAUUAAUAAUCCUUGGCACCUUCAAUGUGAUAAUGUUUAUCUUGACAGCAAUUCACAUCUGGAAAGUAAAGCGAGAAAUUAGGAGGUUUACUCAAAAUGAGGAGGCAACGACAGCUUGCUUUAAUUUUGACACUCAGACUUAUUUGCAGUUUCUGCGAAUCUCUGCCAUGAUGGGAGUGUCUUGGAUCCUGGAUCUUAGUCAGUUUUUUAUUGAUCCCAACCAGUUUUGGCAGUUUGUUGUUUUAGUUUUCGAAUAUUUCCAUGACGGCUUUGGCAUUAUUGUUUUUAUAUUGCUUAUCCUUAAAAGCAGCACCAUCGAGCUUAUCAUGGAGAGAAUUCGGGGAAGGAUGUAGAAAUAGUCCCUUUUAAAUACGCAGCACAACUAAAUUCUUAUUAUAUUAAAGCAAGUACCGA